AUGUUUAUUGGUUUGUUGGAAGUUGCCAGUAACAUCACUAACGUGUUCAAGACCAAGAAAAUUGAGGCAGCUGUGGACAAAGCAUCAAACCUUCUCGGAUUACCUAGAAACCACAUACUUCCGGUGAAGAACUACGAGAAUGAGAUGGAGCUGGAUGACAACAUCAGCAUCCUGGCCUUGAUGACACUGCGUCAGGUGCUUCACUUUGCAGAGGAUUACCUUCAGGUCCUUCAGAACAAACUGAAAGCGUGUGGUGUUUCUAUCGAGAAGCUGGACAAACGAGAAUCAGUAGAAAAAGGCAGUGACCAAGACAAAACACGUGAGGGUGUUGUUAACAAGAUAUCCGGCCUUCUAAGAUUGCCUAGAAACAACAUCCUUCCGGUGAAGAACUACGAGAAUGAGAUGGAGCUUGAUGACAACAUCAGCAUCCUGGCGUUGCUGUCACUGCGUCAGCUGCUAUUCUAUGCAGAGGAUUAUCUUCAGAUCCUUUAG